UUUAUGUACAACUGUGACAGAGGCAGUGAAAUAUUAAAGCAAAGUUUUAAGGCUAGAAGUAAAUUCAGCUUUCCCUCUCUGAGACAAGGAUUUUUUUGCAAGUCGACAUGACGGAAGUUCCCUCCCCUAGUUGGGAUAUCGCCGAGGUGGUCGCAGAGAGGAUGAACAUAGACCACCGGGUGUCUAUGAAUGUGAUUGACUUGCUGGAGAAGGAGAAUACGAUUCCGUUUAUCGCACGCUACAGACGAGAACAGACUGGUAUGAUGGAUGUUGACAAGCUGAGAGAGGUUCACAAUCUCCUGGAAGAAUACUUUCACCACACGAUACUGUACAAAUACUGCAGGGUAUCUAACAGAAAGGUAGGUACUGUACUGUACCAUGCAGUUUUGAUUCCGUUUAUCGCACGCUACAGACGAGAACAGACUGGUAUGAUGGAUGUUGACAAGCUGAGAGAGGUUCACAAUCUCCUGGAAGAAUUAAGGUCUGUUCGAACAAAGAUAAAAUCUGUUGCUCAGUCGAUAGAAAAAGCAGGAAAGCUGUCCGAGGAGCUGAAGACGCUGUUGGCAUCAUCUCAGAGUCUGCCAGAGAUUGAACAUCUGUAUGCACCAUAUAAAGAGGGAAGCAAAGGAACACUGGCUGCAAGAGCCAAGGAACUUGGACUUGAGCCAUUGGCCCUGAGUGUGCUUAAUGACCCUAAUCGGGUCAAUUUCAGUUCCUGGAUCAAACAAGGGAAGAAAGGUUUGUCUUCAAAAGAGGAAGUCGAAACUGGAGUCAUUAAUAUUAUAGCAGAUUUUUUCUCCAAACACAAAGAUGUCAUGGACCUUCUGCGAAAUUUGCAGAAUAAAUCUUUUUCUAAUAAUGUCAAAAGAGCAUAUGCAAAAAAAACGGAGGAGAAAUCUGAGAAGACAGACAAAAGUUACAAAUACGACCAGUAUAUGAAUUUUCGGUGUAGGAUAGAUUACCUAAAGCCUCAUCAGGUUUUGGCCAUCAAUAGAGCAGAGUCAGAGAAGGUCAUCAGUGUCAAGGUCACAUUUCCUGAGAAGGUCAAGGCCACGUACAGCCGUUUCUGCGAAAGACGCUGGAUUAAACCACAUAGCAGUGACAAGAUUCAACAGCUGGUGAGGAAAGGUAUCGAUCAGGCGUUUUCUCGUCUCAUCCAUCCUCUCCUGUGUCGACGGGCAAGAACAGACCUGACAAAGAAUGCAGAGAAGGCAUCUGUAGAAGUAUUCACAUCCAAUUUGAAAAGGCUCUUACUUCAGCCUCCUGUCCGUGGAAAAGCUAUCUGUGGUUUGGAUCCUGGUUUUCGUAACGGAUGCAAAAUGGCCAUUAUAUCUGCCACUGGUGAGAUUCUCCACACAAAUGUGUUGUACAUCGUGGGGUGUAGAGGUGACCUGAACAGAGAGUGCAACAAGUUUAAACAAGCUUUAAUCAAAUACAGGUGUAACAUCAUUGCCAUAGGCAAUGGCACAGCUUGUCGAGAGACGGAGAGAGUCGUCGCUGACUUGAUCAAUCAGAUUCACCCUCUAAAUGUAACAUACUGUAUUGUCAAUGAGAGUGGGGCAUCAAUAUACAGCGUGUCCGACCAAGCCAAAAAAGAAAUGCCGUCCCUAGAUGUGAAUCUCAGAAGUGCUGUGUCAAUAGCUCGCAGGCUACAGGAUCCCCUGGCAGAGCUUGUGAAGAUUGACCCUAAGCACAUUGGUGUGGGAAUGUAUCAGCACGAUGUGUCUGACAGCCUCCUGCAUAAAAGUCUGGACUCUGUGGUGGAGGAAUGUGUCAGUUUUGUGGGUGUCGAUGUCAACAGUGGCAGUGAAUGUCUACUGAGACGUGUUGCAGGAUUAACAGAGACAAGAGCCAAGAACAUUGUUGCUUGGCGACAGACAAAUGGGCCUUUCGUUAAUCGGAUGCAGAUUAAACUGGUCAAAGGGAUCGGAGAGAAGAGUUUUGUACAGUGUGCAGGUUUUGUACGAGUUCUGCCAGCUAACGAGGUCACUGGAGACAGCAACAACAUCAAAACAGAGAAGAUGAAGACAGAAGAGGAUGUGGGUGAGAAUGGAAGCAAAGCGUCUAAAUUGGGGAAAAGAAAGGCCGUAGUGGAGCGGAAAGGACGUUCCAAAAAGGCAAAAGUUGAUCUUGAUUACAGUGAGAAUCCAUUGGACAGAACUUGUAUACAUCCAGAGUCCUACUCCAUUGCUGAAAAGGUUUUACAUGAAGCUGGCUUAUCAGGGGAAGCAAUCGGUGAAGAGAAGUUUGUUAAACAAAUAAAGAAGUGGAUGACCUCUGCUGGCAUCGAGCCCUUAGCUGCCAAAAUGGAUGUAGGAGUUCCCACAAUGCAACUCGUCUAUGACGGCCUGACACAGUUAAUGGAACAUGACCUAAGGGCAGGUUUCUAUCACUCUCUGCAGAAGAAAAACAAUUUAUUCAGUGAGAUAUUUACUCUCCUUAUGCAGAGGAUCGUAGCCAUUGGUCUACUGCGGUAG